CCCGCUCACAGGCACAGAGAGCUUAGGCCACCCCCAGCCGAUCCGGCGUCUUGAUUGGCCCGCGUCCCUGGUCAAAGUAAACAAAAGAAUUGCGACAAAGACGGCACACACAACAUUCGACGCUCGUCUCAACCCCAGACCCGUUCCGUCCGUUACAUCAUCUCAGCUGAUCACCGUCGUCAACGACGCUCCUCGUCCCGCGCUGGCGCAUCUCUAGGGGUUCCCGACUCUCCCGCCCUCCGAGCCCGACUUUCCCCCUGCCAACACCACAACCGCUCCUGCGCUCCCGCUCACGAUCAUCUGACCGACACCGCCAGCAUGGCAACGCCUCACAGACGUUCCGCUCGCAUUGCGAGCGCCUCCCUCAACCGGAGCACCGCCUCUCCCGCGCCUCGCCUUGGCUCUGUCUUCGAGGCUGACGAGGCCACAAUGGACAAGCCCGCCGCUCAGUCGCUUGAUGCAAUCAUGUCCUCGCCGGCGCCUCACCAACCGUCCACUCCCGCGGCCGCAACUCCUGUCAAGCUGGCCCCUUCUGAAAUGCAUCCCAGCCGCUACCAGCCCACCACGGCGCCGCCUUCCUCGGGCCUCAAGCUCGGAUUUGUCGACAUUGAGAAGAGACAAGGCAUCGCUGCCACGCAUGCCACACCCUCCAAGUCACGUGUGCCCUCUUCCGACUUCACCUUCCGCACGCCCAGACCUGGUUAUGAUGGCGAGCUCGGCCCCGAGGCCCGGCGCAUGAUGGAGGCUCUGCGCGAGGAGGCCGCAGCAAUCAAGGCGAAGCUCAAGGAGGAGCGCGACGAGGAGCGCGCCAAAGGCAAUGACGGCCGUGUCAUUGCCAGGGCAAAGGGCAAGGCAGGCCGUUUCAGCGAGGUUCACAUGGCCGAGUUCAAGAAGAUGGACUCUAUUGCCAAUCAUCCGUCGGCCUUCCGGGCCGAUCCUUCUCGCAUCACACCUAUCAAGCCGGCCAUGAAGCGCUCACAGGCUGCAGCCAACUUGGAUGAGCCCGAGUCGGCGAAGCAAAAGAUCUCGGCCCAGCGGUCCAUUCGCAAAGUGCCAAGCAAGCAGAUGGACGAGCCAGAAUCCCCGACCAAGCGGGUUCGCCAGCGGAUCGAGGACGACGCAUCCUCACUCAGACCUGUCUCCCGCGACGGCAGCAACAUUCCGCGCCCCAAGAGCAGCGGUAUGGACUCCCCUCGAGGUGCCGCGCCUCGCAACCAGACUCUUCCGCACCUCACAACGCCUACUCGAUCGACAUUGGCACGUCUUCAGGCUUGCAAAACUCCAACCAUUACCUUGGUCAAGUCGCCGAGCAAGACUGAGUUGUCGGCCAAACCAGGCGAGAAAACCCUGGCGCGAUCACCCAGCAAGUCGAGCCUUGCAAGUGUCAGUAAGGCAUCCACGAAGCCUGAAACGGGUAGCCUCGUCCGGACGCCUAGCAAGUCGAGUAUCACGGGCAUCCUGAAGGCCCCAAACAAGACUGGCUUGUCGUUCAUGAAGUCUGCGGCUACGAGCAAACUGCCAGCCGCUGCCAAUCCUCCCACAUAUAUCCAGACUCCCGGUCGCUUUGAUAAGAUGAAGUCAAUCCUCAAACGCACAGUCAGCGGGAGCAGCAAGCCUCCCAAGACGGGCAUGACCUAUUCGGCAACAUCGCCGUCCAAGAUCCAUGGUCGUCAGCACUUUGUGGAUCGCCCGCUUCAGCCUGUGCCCCUGGCAACACCUAAAGCCAAGUUCGCUAUCAGCGUCGCCUCGGAGCGCCGUGUCAAUUUCACCCCGGACACCAAGGGUGCUGCUGUUGAUCAGAACUCGCCCUCGCCUAUCAAAUCUGCCCUUCCACGAGCGGCGCCUAUUGCCCAGCCCGCCUUCACAAGGACUUCUCCUGUCAAGUCUGAAGCACGACAGCUGUUUAAGCCCCAAAAGGAGAAGGCGGACGAGGAGGUCUCUUACCCUGAUCUUUCUGCCUAUGAGGUACCGGAGGAGCAGGAUGUGUCGGCUGGUUCGCCCUCAACCAAGAGACAGAUCCUGUCUCCACUACCGCCCUCUGUUCCUGGCACCUUCACCUUCCGCAGUGACCACACGAUCCAGUUCGAUACUCCACCUGUGCAAGGCUUCGGCGGCUCUGUAGGCCAAUCCAGCGUUCGUCAAGUCGUGCGUGAGUCCUCGUUUAUGCCGACUGCUCGCAUGCCUGGCGCCUUUCCGCGGUCACUCGGCAUGUCAGUCAACAAGGAGAACACCGAUCCCAAGGUGCAGAAGAUGCCCCUGCCACCUGUGGCUCAUGGUCUAUCGAACAAGAAGCGUCACCGUGCUGAUUCCGAAGAAGAUGAGGAGAUUGACGAAGGCGUCCAGCGCGGCGCGAAGAAACUGCGCAAAACUCCGAAGGUCGAAGGGCACGCCAUCGUCGCGCCGAGAAUGAUCAGUUCGCCGUCUCCAGCCAAGAGCUUGGUCAAGAAGCAGGCGGUGACGCCGGCCUCUCAGCAGAAGAAGAAGGCUGGCAUGAGCCUGAGCAGGCUGCACAUGCUCGCUCAGCCGAAGAUGCGGAAGUGAUUCGGAGACAUGUCAAGUUGAUACUUGAAGUGGAUCACCGCGUUUGCGGUUGUCGCGUUUUCAACAAAGACAGUCAAGCGUGUUGUUGAUGAACGCUGCGCUUGAGUUUGUUUGACACCUCGUGUAAUUUUGAUUUUCCACCCAGGCGUACAGGAAGUGGGAUUGGACAGGACAACCGGAGUUUCUGGUUUGGUAAUAAGGUUCUUGUUUUGAGGGGCUGAGGCCCCAGGUCACGGCGUCUGUCUGUAUGGCAAGGAAUAACUUGGGGAGUUUUACGUUAGUGAUUUAAUGAUAUCAAUGGUGGCCACGUGUCGCAUCACACGAUAUGCCAGUGUCUAGAC